AUAAAAAGCCGCGUUUUAGGUUUGCUAGUCAGUAUUCAAUCAACAGCACCAGCAGUCGCCGCCCAGUGUUAGGCGAGUUCAGUUAACCAGAACUCCACUGUAGUAGGAUAGGUUGCUCGGCGUUGUGGUCUAGUGAUAAGUGAUAGUUUCCCAGAUAGCGUAGAUUGAUCGCCGUUCAGCAACUCAUUCCUGCUGGCCAAUCAAAACUUACUAAUUCAGAACUGUUAGAAGCUCUGUUAUGGCUAGUAACAAAAUGCCCGAACACGGUAAAAAUCACAACGGCGACGAAAUUCGGGAAGCACGAGCCGUUCCCAGCGACUCGUUCUACAACAGCUACAUUCCAGGCAGCGACAGUGGAAGCGUAAACGUCAGCGACGAGAACCGGAACAUCGACAGCAGGGAGGCUGAAAGCGACAACAUGCAGAGCACUCAGCGCGGUAGCCAGUUCGCGGCCCGUGUCAGCGCUCUGCCAUUGGUGCGUUGUUCUGUGGCCGCCUACGAGCGCCUGAGGGACGUACCCUUCGUCGCUGUGCCCUUGGUGCUAAUGGAGUGCGCUCUAGGGCUGGGUAUCCUGCCCUUCCAGAUCCUGGCUGUGCCUCUGUCGGGAAUGUGCCCAGCUCCGCUGCGUGCCGCUGAUUGGGCCCUGUGCAGAGGGCUGGAUGUAGUAGAGACCGUGUGCCCCUGCAUCGCUGGGUCUUCUGACCAGGUUCCUGCAAAUGGCGUAAACCAGCUGAUGAACUACGUGUGCUCUUGCCCGCGUGCUGUGCACAAAACUAUUUCAAGUUUUUACCAGUGGCAAAUGAGAUAUAUCGCUCAUCGAUAAUAAAUUUAACUUGUUCUUUACAACAUAAGAUAGCAAAUGCUGAACUAGAGUUCUUAUCUAUUCUUCUAUCCACUUCAAUAAAAAAAUUUUAAUUUCAUUAUUUUUACUUUUAUUACUUUCUCCUUCAAACAACGUAGGGGUUCCGUAAAUUGUGAACUGAUUUUCUGUUACUUCAUUCUCCCAUACCGUUUGUACACUUUAGUUUUGCACAAUUUACUUCUCAUAAGUUUCCUUACUCUAAUCUGAUGCUUAUCCUCGUAACCGUUUUUCUGCUCACAUUAUUCCCGGCUUCCUGCUCAGAACAUUGUUCCUGGCUUAAUCUCAACAUUGUAUGCUUAUUGCAAUAACGCAGUUAUUUAAUUUUUCUUUAUUUAAAAUUUCUUAUACGAAUUGUUGAAGGUUUAUUAAAGU